CUUUCUCACAUGCGCCGGGUUUUUUUUGUUUUUAAAUAAAUAAGUAGAAUUAUGAAUAAGAGAGCAGAAAAGCGAGAACUACGUCAGAUGCAUAACGAAUCAAUUAAUAACCCCGUUGCGAAGCAGUACAUUAUGGCUGACACAAAUGGAGCUGAGCCCAAGCACACCGCAAAUUCUUCAGAUAUUCUUGCGCCAAAAAAGCGAUCGGCCUGCCAAAUCACAGCCAGUGCGAGCGAUCUGAAGAAAUUGAAAACAUCUGAUCUAGGCGAAGAUGCAAAUAUUGGGCUUUCAGCAAUCCCAACAAAAAAUGAUGAAAUAUGGUCCAAACUGCGUUACUUAGAGGAUGGAAAAAUUGAGAUAGACGAUUCCAGUCAUUCCGAGCUGGACCACGAGGCAUGUCAUGAUGAAUCUCCUGGGAGUAACUCAGAUGAUGAGCAACAGACUGAUUUUCUUCUACACACACAAUCCAAGACUGCCUGGAGAGUGCCAAUGGUACUUGAAAAACCCCUCAAAAAAUUAGUUUAUAUCCCCAAAAAAGCAAAUGCUCAAACAGAGUGCCGUGUUCUUGUGAAGGGAUCUGUUAAGAAGAUUGUAAUAUUUUCGAAUGAUUUGAAAUCGACAAAAAUAGAAGAACUUCACGAUUGGGAUAACGAUGGGGAUAAAGCUCAGGAAUCGGCUGCUCAAACCAUCAACGAUAAAGAAGCUAAACUGGAAGAUGAAAUGCAUAAUUUAACCAAAGAAACGGGUGCAGGAGAAACACAAACGAUUGAGGAUAAAGAGGACUUGGAUGCGGUCUCCCUCAUCACUAUUGACGAGGGUCCACUUGAAGAUGAGACACUCGGGGAACUUCCUCCAUCGGAUGCCGAGCCCUGUCCGCUGGUGCAAGCAAAAGGGGACUCAGAUACAGAGUCUAUAAUUACCAUUGAAGACUUUGCAGAAGAUCAAUCCCCAACUGCCUCACCCGUAACAGAGGCAGAGCCUGACGUCGCCAUGGAGGAGGUAGACGAGUUGCCCCAAGCAAUGGAGUAUUCCCAGAUGUUCAAUGGAGAUCUACCCUAUUGCCCUCCAGCGUUGAGCGUCUUUGAGUACAGCCCAACGUGCAACGAUGUGCUGGCUGUGAUCAAAGAGGACAUUGAGCUCUAUGGCACUCUCUUGUUGACACUCCUCGGUGGUCAGAUCACAGUGAACGGCUUCAAUGCCAAGAAACGCCAAAGCCUGACAAUAUACUCGCCCAAAGGCAUCAGUUGGGUGAGCAUUUGCCCAAAGAAACGUCUGAAACCAAUUCAAGAGAAAAUUGAAUGGGAAAAACUGUCAGAGAAGUUUACGCGCGCCCAACUGGACAACCUGCGGGAAUGCUUCAACUGUCAGGAGGAUGCCCUUGUCCUCCUGCAGAGGAACACCAUGGCCCAGAACUUGCUCGAUACUUUAAAGAGAUAUAUGAACCAAAUACUUUUCCCCCAAGUCAAUGGCACGAGCGUGGCCCACUCGCAAAGCGAACGGGUGCUAAACUGUUACAUUCAGAGUUCGGACAGACGUCGCACCCUUCAGGUGCCGAACGAGUGGACCAAGCUGAAGAUGAAUAAGAGCACUCGACUGAUGGUAACUGGUGGGAAGGGUGUCGGCAAGUCCACCCUGCUGCGUUAUCUGCUCAAUCGGCACUUGAACGUUUUUCCACGCGUUCUGUUCAUCGAUCUGGACAUUGGCCAGCCGGAGAUCUUUCUGCAGCAAACGGUGUCCUGCACCAUCCUUGACGAGCCGCUUUUGGGGCCUGGCAUCCUACUGAACAAGCAGCCGGAUCGUGCUUAUGUCGUGGGCGACACGAACAUCGUCAUGUGCCACUUGCAGUAUGCCAAGGCGGUGACACAGCUCAUGAGCCACAUCCACCAGAAUCCCGAGUAUGCCGACAUACCAUUUCUGAUCAACACGAUGGGCUACAACAGGGGAUUCGGGCUGGAGCUGAUGGCUCUGCUGGUGGACUGUGUCCAGCCAACGGAUGUGGUGCAGAUCUCGAGUACUUUGCCCAUGAACAACUUUAGCUCGCCCCUCGACUGGGCGAACCUUUCACAGGUGAAAGGUCCCUAUGUCUACAAAGAUGCGGCAUUCAGGGUUGAGCGUAAAAGCCACAAGUACGCGCUCCACGUGCUGCCAAGUGCAGUGCCACCCAGAGAGCAGGGUGCCUGGCGCAUGAGUCCAAGGGAUAUGAGAUUCACCAAUCUGUUGGUCCGCCUCAGCACUUGCCUCAGGGGCAAUGCCAAGCACCCGACCGACUGCCAGCCCAUCAGCACAUGUUUUCGGAGUAUUCAAUUUGUCCACCCCACCGAGGACGAUGUUGAAAAGAGCAGCAUUAUGGCUGGAAUGGAAGCCAAUUUGGUUUUCUUGGCCAAUCAGGGCGCGCAGGGUCUGCCCGUGUGCCUGGGCAUGGGUGUUGUCCGUGCCAUUGACUUUGAGAAGGAGAUGCUGUAUCUCGUGCCAGCCAUUCCCCUGGAGCGAAUGUCCGAAGUGAAUUGUCUCGUAUCCUGCGGGGACAUCAGCAUGCCGCAAAAAUUCUUCACGGAGCCUGGGCCGCAGGUUGGCAGCCACUUGCCGUUUGUCUCUCAGCAGGACGACGCUGGCUGGCUCACUAAAAGUAUCAACCAGUAUUAUUCGCGAACGUCUUCCAUGAAGAAAGAUUAACACUACUCCAACUACCUGUACUUUUAUGAAAAGUAAAAUAAAAACAAAACUUUAUUGACGA